AUGGGAGCUACGGAAUUCCAAAGGGAUAUUAUGCGAUGUAUUACGAAAGAUAUUGACAACCACUGGACCGCAGCGAACUGCGACGCAUCAGCAUUGAUCGACCUCAAGACUCCGCCAGAUACUCCAAGCGUAUUAGCUCAAUUCGGCAACCCGAACUACCACGAUAAUCUAUUCAGCCACAGCAAACGUAGUCUAAAGGACGAGAAAGGUAGAUAUCCACCUCCGUAA